ACUACGACUAAAAUAGUUCUCGAACGACGUCGUAGAUCGUCAACCAACACGAGGUAUCUUGUAGUCGCAAACAGAAGAGAUGAAUUGGUGAAGGAAAUCAACUGUCAAUGGAAUCACCGGAAUUACCAGAAUGUCCGGUGUGUCUAUCAACCUACGACGGCGAGUACACUAUUCCAAGAGUACUCGCAUGUGGGCAUACAACCUGCGAGUCAUGCCUUAAAAAUAUCCCACAGAAAUACCCUCUAACCAUUCGCUGUCCUGCAUGUACACAACUUGUCAAGUACCCAUCACAGCAAGGCCCUUCUUCUCUUCCUAAAAACAUUGAUCUCCUUAGGCUGGUUCAGCAGCUACAAGAUCAUAAUCCCCAGAAACCCAACAACAAAUCCCAAAUUGACAAACAAGUCCUUGCUCAAGACUUUGACUUCUUUGUGCCUCCUUCAUGGUCUGAUGAGUUUUAUACUUCAUGGAAGAACUGGGUUCUUGACAGAGAUGAUGUUUUUGUUGAGGAUAAAGAGAGAGGAUAUGGGUUGUUAAAGGAGGGGAAUAAAAAGGUGAAGGUGAGGCUUUUUAAGGUUGGCAAUGAUGGGGGUUUGUUGAGUGGUAAAGUGAAAGGAUGUGUUUUUAAGUUGAGUUAUGUUGCAAAGGUUAUGAAUUUGUUGAAUGGGAUGAAGGAGGAGAAGAGAGAUGAAUUGGGUUUUAUUUUGAGGAUUUGUGCUAAACAGGGAAGAAUCUGUAAGGGUUGUGGUUUGUGGUGUGAUUUGGAAGAUGGGGUUUUGUAUUUUGUGUGUGAGAGACUUAAUGGGAAUGUUUUGGAUAUGUUGGGUGAUUUUGAGAAUGGUUUGAGCAAAGAUGGUUUGUCUAGUUUUGCAAUGAUUGGAAUGGAAAUGUAUGAAGCAGUGAUUAGAUUGCAUUUGGAAGGGCUAAUUGUGGGAAGUUUAGGUGUUUCUUGCUUUGAAUUGGAUGGUUUUGGACAUGUGAGUCUAAGUUUGAGUGAGGUUUUGGUGAUGGGAAGGGCAGUUCAUGAUGGGGUUAUGGAACUUGGUUCUGGUGGGAGAAGUUUAAGUGUUAAAAAAUUGGGGAGAUUGGUCGGUGAGAUUUUGAAAAAGGAGGUUUAUGUGAGCCCAGAGGUUUUGUUUGGGAUAUUGAAGAGAGAGGGUAUGGAGGUAGAAUGUGGUAGCGAUAGAUAUCCAAUUGGCCUUGGCUCUGAUGUAUGGACAUUAGCUUGUACUGUCCUUAGAAUGCUUAUCGGGAAAGAAUUCUUUGAGGAGCUAGGUGAUCAUGUAGAUUCUAUCAUUUCAAAAAGAAGUGAAGACAAUAAUUUGGACUGUUCGGGUCUUUACACUGGUUUGAUGGAGAAAGUCAGCUCUUUGUUGGAAAGUAAAACCGGUGAAGAAUUGAAACCAAUGCACCAGAUGCUAUGCAGGUCUUUGAGUUUUGAUCCAGGGAAUCGUCCACAUGCUAUUGAUAUGUGGAAGUGUAUUAGGGACUUAUUUAUUAGACAUCAGCAUGAUACUUCUGUUCCCAGAUUGGGUGAGGCUAUCCAUGAGGAGAAUAAGGAGCAUUUGCGAGUUCUUGGAGAACUAUGUUGGGUGCCCCUAAAAAAAUCAACUCUUAAAAAAUCCGAGUUAGCAGAAAAAAACAGUGGAGAAAAUCAAGAUCAAAGCGAGGACUUGAGAAAUGAUAAAGAUAUCGCUGAGGCUCUCGUGGAGGGGAAGGUCAAGUUCAAAGAAAUGCAGGGCCAUCUUGAUUGUGUUACAGGAUUUGCCAUUGGAGGAGGAUUUCUGUUUAGCUCCUCAUUUGAUAAAACAGUCCAGGUCUGGUCCUUGAAGGACUUCUCUCAUAUGCACGCAUUUAAGGGCCAUGAGCAUAAAGUCAUGGCUGUAAUUUAUGUUGAUGAAGAACUACCAUUAUGCAUUAGUGGGGAUGGUGGAGGUGGCAUAUUUCUCUGGAGCAUCAGUGUUCCUAUGGGGAAAGAGCCAUUGAAGACAUGGUAUGAGCAAAAAGAUUGGCGUUAUAGUGGAAUUCAUGCCUUGACCACUGCAGGGAAUGGAUAUCUCUAUACUGGUAGUGGAGAUAGGUCAGUUAAGGCUUGGUCAUUGCAGGAUGGCACCCUGUCAUGCAUUAUGGAUGGUCAUAAAUCAGUAGUUUCCACGCUAGCAGCAUGUGAUGGGAUUCUUUAUAGUGGGAGUUGGGAUGGAACCAUCCGUCUGUGGAGUCUAACUGAUCAUAGUCCUUUGACAGUGUUGGGAAAUGACUUGCCAGGAACUGCAACCUCUGUCUUGUCUCUCACUGCAAACCAGAAUAUUCUUGUUGCAGCCCAUGAAAAUGGACAGAUAAAGGCAUGGAGGGAUGAUGCGUUUAAGAAAUCGACACAAUGCCACAGUGGUGCGAUUUUGGCUUGUGUCAUGGAGGGAAAAUGGCUAUUCACUGGAGGUUGGGACAAAAUUGUCAACGUACAGGAGUUGUCUGGAGAUGAAUUUCAGGUGGAUACUAGACCCAUUGGAUCAAUCCCAGGAGGUUCUGUGGUAACAGCUUUAUUAUGCUGGCAAGGAAAGCUUUUCGUUGGUCAUGGAGAUAGGACUAUCAAGGUAUACUACCAUGGAAAGUGACCAAAAGCUCACCAGGUAAUUGCAGUUCUUUUCCUUGCACUUCUGACUCCAUGUUCAUUUGGCCCUAGCCCCAUGGCUUAUUAAGUUGUCUUACUUUUGUAAAUUUGAAGAACUUCUCGUUAGGACCAUGGGUAUUCUGAUAAUUGCUUGUUGGAGACAGAACACAAUGUUUAUAGGACCAUGGGUAUUCUGAUAAUUGCUUGUUGGAGACAGAACAAAAUGUUUAACAUGGUUCGGUAAAUUACCUAAAUCCACACAGAAGUCAUUUUUAGGGAGAGAAUAACGAGAAAGAUUCAUCCACUCUACUUAUCUCCCAAUCUCACUUUUUUCUCUUAGCAGUGCUGCAGUGGAAGCCACUGCUGCUGCCCUUUGGCAGCUUACUUUCUCUCUCCCCCUCUAGCUCUUCAAGCUCUCUUCUUGCUUCUACAUGCUACCUCUUCGUCCUCUCUAUGUAUAGAGUAUUGGACAACAAAUGGUAGUGAGCAACUCCUCACUUCUUUUUUUGUGCCCAUUAUGUUAAUGUGGAGAUUUUUGUCUCCACUACUUAACAAUCUCUCACAUGAAAACAAAUGAGAUUGGGAUUGUUAGGUAGUGGAGAUAAAAGUCUCCACAUGCCUACCACACUAGGAUAAUGGCUAUUAACUUAGUGAGAGAUUGAGUUGGAACCACUAUCAAUUGUUAGUCAUUCUUUGGCUUUAAAUAGAGCCAAUAUGAAUGGGCAAAAUAUGAGCAGUAGAAGAAGAAUAAGAGGAUAGAGAGAGAGAGAGGGGUUGCCAAGGGCAGCAAUGAGUGAGAAAAGUUAUCUUCUUGCCUCUACAUGCUGCCUCUUCUUCCUCUCUAGUAUUGGACAACAAAUGGUAGUGAGCACCAGUUCACUCCUCUUUCGGUGCUUAUUAUGUUAGUAUGAUAGGUUGUGGGGAUUUUUGUCUUCAUACCUAAUAAUCUCCUGCUUGUGUAGCUAUUGCCAAGGGCAGCAAUGAGUGCGAAAAAAGUUCUCUUCUUUCUUCUACAUACUGCCUUUUGUUCCUCUUUAUUUAUAGAGUAUUGGAUAACAAAUGAGAGCGUUGGUGCCCAUUAUGUUAGUGUGGUAGAUAUGUGAGGAUUUUUGUUUCCAUUACCUAAUCAUCUCCCAUUUGAAGACAAAUGAAAUUAUUAAGUAGUGGAGACAAAAGUCCCUACAUACCUACAUACCUACCACACUAGGAUAAUAGCCAUUAACUUAGUGAGAAAUCAAGUUGGUGCCACUAUCAAUUGUUAGUCAUUCUUUAGCUAUAAAUAGAGCAAAAUAUGAAUGAGCAAAAUAUGAGCAGAAAAAGAACAUGAGGAGAGAAAGAGAUAGAGGGGCUGUCUUGAGUAGCUGUUGCCAAGGGCAACAAUGAGUGUGAGAAAAAGUUUUCUCUUUGAUUCAACAUGAGCCAAUAUGAAUGAGCAAAACAUUAGCUCACCUAACAAUCUUCCACUUAUGCGGUCGUUGCCCAGGGCAACAAUGAGUGUGAGAAAAGUUCUCUUCUUGCUUCUACAUGUUGCCUCUUCUUCCUUUUUAUUUAUAGAGAGUAGCAAGCAUUAGCUCACUCGUUCUCUUUCGAUGCCUAUUACGUUAGUAUGUUUGGCAUGUGAGGAUUUUUAUCUCCACUACCUAACAAUCUCUUAUUUGGAGACAAAUGUGAUUUUUAAGAAGUGGAGACAAGUCCUCACAUAUCUACCACACUACGAUAAUGGCCAUUAACUUAGAGAGAGAUUGAUUUGGAACCACUAUCAAAAUUUAGUCAUUCUUUGGUAAUAAAUAGAGCCAAUAUGAAUGAGCAAAAUAUGAGUAGAAGAAGAACUAAAUGAGAGAAAGAGAGGGAGGGGAGGCUUUCUAGUGUAGUUUUUGCCAAGGGCAACAAUGAGUAUGUGAAAAGUGAGAGUUGAGUUAAGUUAAUGUUCCUCUUUCUUUAUUGAUGUAAAUUUGUACCUCUUCUUUAUCUUUAAUGAUAUUUGUUGCUUUGUGAA